AAAGCUGAGCAACUCACUCCCUCUCAUUCACUGCCCGAGAGGACUGCUCAAAGCAGACAGCCUGGGAACCCAACUUUCCCAGACCACGGAGACCACUGCUAGACAAGCGCAACUGAGAUGACUAACAUACUUCUUGUUUCUGUUGUUUUGCUACAUUUUCUCCAAGGGAGCACAAGCAAGAAAUUACCUGGAGUUGAGCAAUAUGAAAUAGUUUAUCCACGGAAAUUGCACACAGUCCAUAAAAGAGAUACAGAAAGAAAUAAAGAGACAAAAUACGAUGACACAAUGGAGUAUGGAUUCAAAGCCAAUGGAGAGGAAGUCAUACUGCACCUACAAAAAAACAAGCAUCUAUUAGCCAGAGACUAUACUGAAACAGUUUAUUCUGAUGACGGUCGACAAAUAACAACAAGUCCUCAGAUCAAGGAUCACUGUUAUUAUGAAGGUUACAUUCAGAAUGAUGUUCAUUCCAUAGCAAGCAUCAGUGCUUGCAAAGGUCUAAGCGGAUAUUUUGAGACCCGUGGCCAGAAGUACCUCAUUGAACCCUUGGGAACUUCAGACAGAGAUGAACAUGCGGUCUAUAAGUACGAGAAACUCGAACAAAAGUCCAUAAAAACGUGUGGUCUAAUCAAUAACACCUGGGAAGCAGAUUCAAAUGACCCCAUCAAUGACAUCUUCAAAUCCAGCAAUAAUCCAGAAAUGAAAGCAUACCUGAAAGCAAAAAAGUAUCUGGAACUUUACAUAGUUGCAGAUAAUACUUUGUAUAAGAAGUAUGACGAAGAUGUUCAAACUGUAAGGCAAAGGGUAUUUGGAAUAGUCAAUUAUAUCAACACGGUUUAUAAGGCCAUAAAUACCUACGUGGCUUUAACUGGCCUAGAAAUCUGGACAGAUGGUGAUAAAUGCCUCCUGAGUCGUGCUGCAGGAUUCACUCUGGACAGUUUCUCAAAGUGGCGUCUAUCAGAUUUAUUAAAGAGGAAAAGAAACGACAAUGCUCAGCUAAUCACAGGCUAUGACUUUGAGGGGACAACGAUUGGAUUAGCCUUUCUAAAAUCCAUAUGCAGUGAUAUAUAUUCUGCAGGUAUUAUUCAGGAUCACAACAGAAAUGAAAUUGCAGUUGCAGCUACCAUGGCACAUGAGAUGGGACACAACCUUGGCAUGAGUCAUGACACCAAAGCCUGCACGUGUAAUGAUCAAGUUUGUAUCAUGACAGAUACUGUCAGCUCUAUCAUCCCCAAGAAAUUCAGCUCCUGCAGCCUCCAAAGUUUUGAGAAAUACAUGUUGAGUGACAUGCCAAAAUGCUUAACUAACAUCCCAGAUAUAAGCAGCAUCAUAGCACCUCCAUCCUGUGGAAAUGGCUUUCUGGAAAGAGGAGAGGAAUGCGACUGUGGUACUCCUGAGGAGUGCACAAAUCACUGCUGCAACCCCGAGACGUGCAAACUGACAGCAGGUUCCACAUGUGCACAUGGAGAGUGUUGUGAAAACUGCCAAUAUAAAAAACCAGGUGCUAUCUGCCGAGCAGUUAAGCAUGACUGUGACCUGGCUGAGAUGUGCACCGGUUUUUCUGCAAAUUGCCCAGCGGAUCGAUUCCGUGUGAACGGAUACCCCUGCAACUACGGUGAAGGCUAUUGCUACAUGGGAAACUGUCCCACCCGAGAAAACCAGUGCAAAGCUGCUUUUGGACCACAGGCUACUGAUGCUGCAGCUUCCUGUUACCGGAUGAACGAGAAAGGGGUAUAUUAUGGAUACUGCAGAAAAGAAAAAGGUAGUCACGUCCCGUGUAAAAAAAAAGACAAAAUGUGCGGAAAGUUGUUCUGUAGCGGGGGGACGGAGAUGCCUCGGGAUAUGAGCCUAGUGACUUUUGAGUCCUGCAAAGCAAGUUUUCCUAGAAAUGGAGAAGCAGACGCAGGGAUGGUUCUCGAUGGAACAAAGUGCGGGAAUGGAAUGGUGUGCAGCAAUGGAGAAUGUGUCUAUGCUGAAGAUGUCUUUAGAUCUACCAACUGCUCUGCCAAGUGUACUGGACAUGCUGUGUGCGACCACAAUUUGCAAUGCCAGUGUGAAGAAGGAUGGGCACCACCAACCUGUGACAGCUCGUCGGCAGUUACCAGCUUUGCUAUUGUUGCUGGCGUGCUGGUUGUCCUCGCUGUCACAGCAACUGCAGCGGUGUUACUUAUCCGCUUCCGAGUAUUCAAGAAAAGCUGCCAGACCAGAAGGGGACCUGGAGCCACAAACCAAGUCUUUGUGGAUCAAGAACAAAGACACAGAGAACACCCUGUCCUGGCGGUACCUGACCAGAAGAUGAAUGAUAAGAAACUUCUCCUUCCUGUACCUCCACUGCAGGAGAACAAACCACAGCUCCAGAGCCCUAUCGUAAGACCAAAAGGUCCCCCACCUCCUAUUCCUUCUACGAAACCAACCUCUUCCCACACAGAAGAGAUUUUUGCACCAGAAAGAAAACCUCCUCAUCUCCCAGUUCCCAAAGGCAAACCUCCACCUCCACCAAAGGCUUUAAAACCUCCAAUUAAUCCCAGAGUAUGAAGGUUCUGCAGUAGGGCUGAUCAAGAUACCUGAAAUUUUCAGGGACAAUUUGUUUGUCCCUCAAUUCCUCCACUUUUGGCAAAGGCAACAAAGAUAGUCUUCCUGUUCUCUUUAAAAAAAGAACAACUGACUGACAGCUGCUUUGAAAGGAAAAGUUUGGUUUUCAAACAGUGAGGAACUCUUUGGGGAUGACAUCAAGCUACUGUCCAAAAGGAAACGAAGUAGAAUCGCUACUUGCACUGAGUUGUAGACUAGGAGUAAGUUAUAAAAGCUGCUUAACACAUCCCAACUCCUAGGCCACCACCGCAAGAUGUGGCUGCACUGGGAUGCCCUGCAUCUACACUGCUUUUCUGGGUACAGACCUGAGAAGAUCAGGGAAAGUAUGGCUACCCUAUGUUUGUAAAUUGUAAACUUUUUGCUACAUUUCUGGAUCUUUGCCAGCUCUCUCUUCAGCAACAGACCAGACCUUCUCCUUCAUGUGCAAGUUGCACGUUCUGGAAAGAGAAAAGUCCUUCCUGCCCUUCGGAGAAAAGUUUGUGUCCUCAAGACCUGAACUAGCCUUGGAAUAAUAAGAUUACACACUGGAAAUGCAUUGAUUCUGGAAAGAUCCUUUUGGAUCGGAUUCUCUCAUUAAUCCUUAGAUUACCUGUUAAACAAGAUUCCUCUGUUGAAUAGGCAGAACUGGAGAUACGCUCAAAAGCAAAGCACACAGGAGUCAAACCACUUGCUGCUUCCAAGUGCUCCCAGAGCUUAGGCUGCGCCAGUUUCAAAAGAGCUCCAGCUGCCACCAUUGCACUUGGACAGAAAAAUUCAGAAAAGCAGUGUCAACAAAGUCCUUAAUCAUUUAUUUCAUUUGCCCCUCAGCUCCAGAAAUAUCUGAGUAUUUCUCCCUUCCAGGAUAUACACACCUUCAUGUUUUUGUUUAAUUGCUCUUGCACCAGGGUGUGUUAUUGUAAAGUUGCUAAUGAGAACGAGGCUGGGCCCAAGGGCUUGUUAUUGUGGGACAGCAUCGCAGCAUGAGGCUUUGCACACUGGUUUAUUACUGAGGGGUUCUUCAUUCGUUCUGGCCUGUUGGCAUCAGCAUUGUUGACACUAUUGGCCUGCUGGCAUAGAUCUGCAUGAUACUGUUGGCAUUGACGUUAAUAAUACUGUGAGGGUGCUGGCACUGAUGCUAUUGUUACCAUUGGCACUGAUAUUAUUCAUGUGGUUGGCAUCAAUAUUUUUAAGUUAAAGCAUACAGAAGUGUUUUUCAAGGAACAAAAAUUUUACCGGGGGCGGGG